AUGUCCUUUUUUGUCUCAGUUUCAGGGAUGCAACCCGCAACAAGUGCCAACGCAAGCAGCUUAGAGAAGCGCUCCUCUUCCCGAUUUGAUUGUAGACGAGCAACAUUCUCCAGAGCCACCCUGCAUGACUAUCUCUAUAGGUAUAAUUGUAUUCCAAGAGGAUGGGAAUCAUUUUUCCAAAGCCGUAAUGUUGAACAAGAUGUACGCGAAAUUUCAGCUGCUCUUGCACGCGAUGCAAGACGGUAUACGAUACAGCCUGAACUGGCCAGUAUAUUUAACGCUUUCACUGUUACCCUCCGAGACGUAAAAGUUGUUAUUUUAGGUCAGGAUCCAACACCUCAGCCAAACCAAGCAACAGGCUUUGCCUUUAGUCUGGUGCCAGGUGUGGAUCCGUAUCAAGUUCCCGCUGUCUUUAACAUGCUCGUGGAGUUGGGGUGGGAAAGAUUCGACGUUGGUCUGUCAAACGGGGAUUUAACGCCAUGGGUUCGCCAAGGAGUCUUACUUCUCAAUGCAGCAUUAACUGUCCGACAAAGAUCCGCAGGGUCUCAUCAACAAGUAUGGGCCGCCUUCACGGAAUUAGUGAUUCGACAAAUCAGCGCCAGCGCUCGACCAACGGCAUUUCUUCUUUGGGGAUCUGCAGCGAGGGGUGCAGCUUCCUAUAUUAGUAGAAAUCAUUACAUCAAGUCCGGAGGGCACCCAAGCCAAAGGUCGACUUCAUCAGAGCCAUUCUAUGGAAGAAAUUACUUCCGCUGUGCAAAUCGGUUCCUGCGUCAGAAUGGACGUAGUGAGGUUGAUUGGCGGCUGCCUGAGAAUCGGCACUCAUCGGCGCCCGGAUGGGCGAGGUGUUAA